AUGAUUUCUAAAAAUCUUCAUAUUCUUGGUGAUUCUGCGUUUCCAUUACUCGAGAACCUUUUAGUACCAUACAAGGCUACCCACAUAUUGUCAGAUAGAGAAAAAUUAUUCAAUAAAAGAUUAAGUUCAACUAGAGUGGUUAUUGAACAAGCUUUUGGAUUGUUACUAGGGCGUUUUCGAAGACUCAAGUCACUAGAAUCAAAGUCAGUUGAAUUAAUGAGUCUUAUUGUGACUGGUGCUUGUAUUUUACAUAAUUUGGCUCUUAAGAACAAUGACUUAUUUGAGAUUGAAGAUAAUGACCAAGACUUUGACAUUCAAACUGAUGAAUUUCAUCAAAAUCUAGAUGUUCCAAUAGCAGUCACACAAAGAAAUGGUAUAGACAAAAGAAAUGAAUUGUCUCUUAGGUAA